CAGACCCUCAUACUGAACCCAUAGUAUAAUUAUUUACUGCCAAUCGCAUUCGUUAUGUCUGAAUUGCCCCAAAUUCCCCAACGGCCGGUAAGACUGACUGCUUCGAUGCCACUUCCAAAGGAUGACAGCGAUGGCUUUUCCGGAAGCGAGGACGAGUCCGACGAUGAUGAAGGUAGGGUUUCUUUACAGGACUUGACCAGCAAGAAGAUUGAUAUACCUGAAGGGAUCCCGGCCGUUCCAAAAAGACCAACCAAGGCCUUAGAGACGCGCCAAUCCGUGACUCCCGUCCCAUCGAUCCCUAGAAGGCCAAUUAAAUCUGCCACCCCAGAGACGAUUAUCUCUGAGCCGGUUUCUCCUUCGCUUCCAGCUGUACCAUUGAGGCCAUCCAAGAGAUCCUCCUCUGAUGAGAGCGUCGUUUCUGCCGUUGCUAGCCGCAGCCCCCGCAGCUCCGUCCACGAUGUGGAUAUCAGGCAGGUUAAUGACACGGACUUGCCACACGAACCAUCCAUGGAAGAUGUCCAAAAGACAAUCCCUGCGACAAUCCAGGAGCCAGAAAGAGAGGAGAGCGCCGAGCCGGAGGGUGAAGCCGAGGCCGAGAAGGCUGAAACCGUUCUGUCUGGACAGGAUGAGGUCCCAAGGGUUCCGGCUAGACCAUCUAGAGGCGCUGUUAAGCCUAUCACAAUAGAUACCGACAUAUCUGCUUUUAAACCAGAUGCGGAUCUUACCGAUGAACUUACUCCGCAAAAUACAGCGGUGUGUACGGAUAAAGUGGAAGCCGAUGAGUUUGAUUUUAGUACCGACCACGUUCCAGGGUACGUCAAGGAGGAGCAUGACAGCGGUACCGAUGUUGAUGAAGCUUCUGACGUGCAGCGAAUCGAGAGAAAUGAGGAUAUCCAGGUGCUCGAUACGAGCUCCCACAAGGAAUAUGCCAACCAGGCCGAAUUACCUACCGAAGUGACCGACGUGAAGGUUGAAACUGAGGAGUUGGAGACUGAAACUAGUGGUAAGUUCGAAGAUAAGUCUGAAAUAGCGUUGGAGGAGGCUGGUAGCCCGAAGGAUGUGGAAGAAAAGAUUGAAGCUACCAGGCAACUGGAAGACGGGCCUGAAAUUCCCAAGGAAUUGGCAGAGAAGGCCGUUACUUCCAAGGACACGGAGACGGCCCCCAAGGAUGUGGAGGAAAACACUACCCCGGUACCGGUGAUUCCAAAGCGGCCAAGGAAGGCUGUUUCCAGCCCACUGGAUGCCCCAAAACCGGAAGAAGUUGCUACCCACAACAAAAUUUCAGAAGUUUUACAGAAAAAGAAGGCACCACCUCCAAUUAAACCGAAAAAGCCGUCCUCUAAGAUUGCCGCGUUCCAACAAAUGUUCGGUGCGUCAUCCGAAAAGGCCCCUCCGUUAGUUCCUUCUAGACCCAUGAAGGUAAAUUUGAUUCGUUCGAGUACCGCUGAUUCUUUGCCCGGAUCUAUUGAUGAAGAGGCAUCUUCAGUCGAGGAGAAGACCCAAACCCAACGGGCCGUGCCAGGAAUGCCAAAUAGAUUGGCCUCGUCUAGAGUGAAUUUCGCAAAGAAUUUGAACGGCAUGAUCGGAAUGGCGUUGCCGGGCAUGGUCCCAGCGGAAGCAUUGGCCUUCCAACCAGACGAGAGCGAGGAGACAAAGGAAUGCGAUCAAGAAGAGGUGCCUGUUUCCAAAGAUCUUAGAAAGGGAAGAGCCAAGGGGCCUAGGGGGAGAAAGUUACCGACAAGCGCUGUUGAGCCGGUGGUUGAAGCCAAGAAUAAAUACUCGAUUGUUGUUGCUGACCUUUGGAGUGUGGGUCUAUCUGAGAAACAGACAGAGGAGCUUCCGACGGGAACUGUUCUUUCUGAGAACCGGAAGGCCCCUGAAAGUUCCGUUAAGGAUGUCGCUGAAUCUACGUCGAAAGAAUCCGAGGCUGUUCAUAGUGCAGAUCCAGAGGGAGGCUUUAGCAGCGCUGAAAACGUUGAGAUGGCCAAGGUAGAGAAAGAGACCAUCGACGAGCCCUUGGAGCGUUCGAUAGCUGAAGACACUAACUCUGAGACCCCGCUUUCGCUCAGUGACUUCGCUGAUGUGGGUGAACAUACCCCUUUGCAUGAUACAUUAGGCGAGGGGCCAUCCAAAACUGUUGAACCAGAAAUUGGAGGUGCAGACGAGGCAGAGGCUACUGCUCCAAUCGGCCACAAUGAGACGUUUGAGACCCAUGCCAAAGCGACCAAGGCUGAUGAUACCUCCGCACAAGCGAUUAAUUUAGAUUUUUCCACCGAUUCUAAACCAUCUGAACCUAUCCCUAAGACGGAGGAAGUCCAUGAUGCUUCUAAUUCUACCGAUUCUGUUGCAACGGACUCUGUUUUAAACAUCCUGGGAGAGCAUGCGCUUUAUUCCCUGGAGGAUAUUUUAUCUGAGACUCUGGAUACAGUAUCAAGCGAUGAUAAAGGUGCAGACGCUACCCAGACCUUGGAAUAAGGUGAGCUGGGACCCCAAAUGUACACUUUCUUGAGUAUACCCUUUCGUGAUAUCAGCAGAUCACAAUGAUCUAUUGAGAGAAUACUGACUAUCUAUUUGUUAGCUAGUCACCGGUUAGCCUAUGACGAUUAUAGGCGACUUAAAGUUCAAUACGGAAAGAAAUGCUUGGUCAUUUCUAUCCGUGUUUGAGAUAUGUAAUUUUAAAUUAGUAUACUAUAAAGAAAAUCUGACAUUGGU